CAUUGCACCAGUCACCACCAUGAAAGCCUUUGUCGUCCGCGAAUAUGCUCACCCAUCCGACAUUAAACUAACAUUGGAUGCGCCGAAUCCAACAGUUACAGGCAAGGAUACGGUCCUCGUCGAUGUAUACAGUGCUGGCCUUAACUUCUUCGAUAUUCUUCAGGCCCAGGGGAAAUAUCAGAACAAGCCCCCAUUUCCCUUUGUGCUGGGAUCCGAGUUCUCAGGCAUCAUCGCACGCGACUCGCCAAUCCCAUCAGGUUCCCCGUUCAAGCCUGGAGACCGCGUCUUCGGCAGUGCACAAGGCGCGCUGGGAGAAUGUGUCGCCGCGUCUUGGAAGAACCUUUUGCCUCUUCCAGAUUCACUCACCUUUGAUCAGGGCGCUGGCUUAUUUGUGACAUGGCCCACUAGCUAUGAGGCUCUCGUUGGACGUGCGCAAUUGAAGCCAGGUGAAUGGGUACUGGUGACUGCGGCAGCUGGUGGAGUUGGAAUCGCUGCGGUACAACUCGCCAAAGCUCUCGGUGCAAAAGUAAUUGCCGCUGCGUCGCCAGCGAAGCUUUCCGUCACUAGGGAUUAUGGUGGAGCCGACUUUGCUAUCGACUAUACGAAGAAGGGAUGGCAGCAAGAGGUCAUGAAGAUCACAGGUGGACAUGGAGUUGAUGUCGUCUACGACCCUGUUGGUAUGAUCAGGGAUUCUUUGAAGUGUAUCGCAUGGAGUGGGCGCGCCCUCAUCAUCGGCUUUGCGGGAGGAGAGAUUGAAAAAAUUCCCAUGAACCUGGCAUUGCUGAAGAACGUCUCCCUUAUUGGCGUGCACUGGGGCUCGUAUAUCACCAAAGAUCCCAAUCACGUACCAGAAGUGUGGAACGCUCUCCUCGGUUUAUUGGCACAGAGACGCGUUCUUCCCGUCAUCUACUCGCAGACAUACACGUUGGAUACUGUCGUACAGGGCCUAGAUGAUUUAGAAAAGCGCAAAACAUGGGGGAAGGCCAUUGUUCGGGUACGCGAGAGUCUAGCGAACGAGAGAGCCAAGCUGUAAUUGACAUAUAUCUUCAUUCGUGUAAUCUAUUUGUGCAUUGCGUCCCAC